GAAAUAUACUUGAGGCGCACAGGUGUUCGUCACUCACCAGGUUCAGUAGGUUACCGGAAUCUUUCACCCCUACAUCAUUGUAUGGGACUUUUUUUCACAAUGGAUAACCAACGAUUCAGCAGCUCUUAAGUAAGAAAUCAAGAAGAGGAACUAGCCAGAGUAUUUCUGGGGUAGCCUACUAACUACAGCAUCUCGGAGUCUCACGAAACCGGCGCUGGAUGUCAGGCUUUUCUUAGCUGUAACAUUAGUGUUGGGACCACUCCUAUAUGUUAUGGACCUUCAGCAGUGUGAAGGGGACCAGGUGUCAGAGGGCUGUGACUCACCAUGUAACGGGGACUCCCGGCCCCCACCUGCCAAACUGGCCCGCCUGGAGCUGAAUGGCACUGGGGGCCACCUAGGGCCACAACACGGCCGGACUAGACAGGAGAUCUCAGAAGCCAGAGCCCACACACUGGCACCUAAACCCACCACCCCCACAUCACAACCCAAAAACUGGCAAAAGACAGGGACCCUGCUUCCUGUGCUGUGUGUGGUUGAGCACAGGGAGAACCCGGUAGCUGCAAUGGAGGCUGACAACAGAGAGGAGCAUGCUGAGUUUGUACUGGUCAGGAGAGACCUGCUGUUUAACCAGCUCAUAGAGAGGGCUCUACUGUCUCUGGGUUACUCCCACACCUCUGCAGCACAGGCCAAAGGUCUGAUCCAGGUGGGUCAGUGGAAACCCGUCCCGCUGUCAUGUGUGACUGAUUCUCCUGAUGCCACAGUGUCUGACAUGCUCCAGGACCUCUACCACGUCAUCACCCUGAAGAUCCAGCUGACCAGUUGUCCAAGGCUGGAGGACCUUCCUCCAGAUCAGUGGACUCACUCUACGGUGAGAAAUGCCUUGAAGGAACUGCUGAGAGACAUGAACCAGAGCUCCCUGGCUAGAGAGUGCCCCCUGUCCCAGAGUAUGAUCUCAUCCAUUGUAAACAGCACCUACUAUGCAAAUGUGUCGGCCAGCAAGUGCCACGAGUUUGGCAGCUGGUACAAGCACUUCAAAAAGACCAAAGGCAUCAUGGAGGUGGAAAGCUUCUCUGAGCAAUCCCAACUGUUCUCCAGCCACCUGACCUUCACCCAUCAACCAAUCCCGGGCAGUACAGCCGAGCAGGCCAGUUCCUCGCCUCUCCCCUUCCCUCAUGGGUGCGCAGCAGCCCACGUUUCUGGGCGUGGAUGUCUGGCCCCAAGUCUUCGCCCCUCAGGGCUGGUGAAUGCCCCUCUUAGCCCCAAGCUAAUCACCUCUCAGCAGAUGGCCAUGUCCCAGUUCCUCAACCAACAGUAUGCUGUUAGCCGUAUGCUGGCCCAGCAGAGCAUAUCUGUCGCCGCCGCACCCCAGAAGUUCCUCAACCACCCCCCCGUGGGGAGGCCUCCCCCCUCCCUGGCCAAGGUGCCUGACCCCCAGACCCCGCCCGGCCCGCCAGGAUCCGGGUCGAGCUCCCAGAGCCAGGCGUGUGGGCCGGCUGACAUCACCGCCGACAUCUACCUGUGGGUGAGAGAGGAACUGAAGAGAGCAGGCAUCUCCCAGGCUGUGUUUGCCCGCGUGGCCUUCAACAGGACCCAGGGCCUGUUGUCUGAGAUCCUGCGUAAGGAAGAGGAUCCAAAGAAUGCAUCCCAGUCUCUUCUGGUUAACCUGCGGUCUAUGCAGAGUUUCCUACAGCUUCCUGAAAGCGACCGUGACCGCAUCUACCAGGAGGAGAGGGAGAGGAGUCUGACCGCAUUGACCACACUCAGCCAUUCACCCAACAACAAUACCUCACCACGCCACACACAGACCAGAAAGGAAGAGGGAAACUUUGCCAUGGCUGAAGAUUGGCACUCCCGGGUUUCCAUAGGCAAUCCUACAACGAAGCUGUCUCCAGCAGUAGUUGACAGAGGAUUGAAAAGCGAGGGAUGUGUUCUGAACAUCAACAGUUCAAUCUAUGAGGAGAUCACACAGGAGAUGAAGAGGGCCAAGGUAUCACAGGCCCUGUUCGCCAAGGUGGCAGCCUCCAAGAGCCAGGGCUGGCUGUGCGAGCUGCUGCGCUGGAAGGAGGAUCCGUCCCCAGAAAACCGGACACUGUGGGAGAACCUCUGUAUGAUCAGGCGGUUCCUUAGUCUGUCUCAGACGGAACGAGACAACAUCUAUGAUCAGGAGAGCAACGGUCUGCAUCAUCACUGUCCUGACAGGCUCACACAGCUAAUCAAUGCCAACACACUGCUCCAACGCCACCUCCCAUUACCACAGCAGCACCACCAGCGACCCCUCACCCCUCUGUCCCAGCAACCCCAAGGGGGGCCUCGUCUGCCGCCGCGACAACCAUCCACAGCAUCGCCGGCCGAAACCGAGGGUGGGGGGCCUCUGAGGGCCUGGUGGGUGGGCAGUAAGGGGGACGGGACGGGAGAGGACCUCCCAGGCAGGAGCAGCGAGGGGAGUUGCUGCGAGGGCACGGUUAGGGGUGUGUGUUGUGAUGACGUGAAGGGAGACAGCAGGCAUGAGGAUGAGGGGAUCAGAGGUUUUCGGGUGUCCCGGGAGGCGCUGGGGAUCCUGCAGAGCUUCAUCCAAGACGUGGGGCUGAACCCCGACGAGGAAGCCGUACACACGCUGUCAGCCCAGCUUGGCCUGCCCAAACACGCCAUCCUAAACUUCUUCCGCAGCUACACUCACAACCAUAGACAGGACUACAGUGAGAGUCACCACAACCAACAUCCCGGCCUGAACCACCUCCAGUAUCCCAGCCAGAACCACCUCCAGUAUCCUAGCCUGAACCACCUCCAGUAUCCCAGCCAGAACCACUACCAGUAUCACAGCCAACACCACAGGGACCCAGACCAGCUGUUGGUUACUGGAACAGGCCCAACCCAGCCUGAGAGAACUCCAGGGCAGAGGGAGGAGGAAGGCAGUGUUGGCUCUGCAGGUGUGUUGGAGGAAAAGAAGGAGAAUCUGGAAGGGGAAGAGGAAAUGGAAAUGGAGAGGAAGAGGGAGGGCGGUGCCAUUUUGAAAGAUUUGGAUGUAAGCGCUGAGACCAAUGCCAGUUUCAUACUAAAAGAGGAGGAGAUACAGGACUCUAACCAAUCACAGCCUGAGACCCUCCCACUGCAUGAUGAAUAACCCCACCCAUUAGUUUCCCUCUUGCGAAUGAGAUGGCUUCAAUACGACAGACCUGAACUCUUUUCACAGUGCUACUCCAGAAACAUUGUCUUUUACUGAGGAACUGUACGCAGUAGGGUAUGGUAUUAUAAGUGCUUCCCUCGUUGGUAACGAAAUGUUGAAAUUAAAGACUCACUCUGGGAUUAUUGUGUAAGGAAUUGUGUAGUUAAACAUGUAUGAAGAGAUACAGUAUUUUAACUGUUGAGGAUUCCAUUUUAAAGACAUUACAACCAACAAAUGCCUUCUAGUAUGUAGCUCUAGCCAUUGUUGCUAAUGCUAGACUGUCCUCUCUGGAUUUUGAUGAUGUUGAAAUAUGAAUAUUGAUAUUGAUCAACUGGUUUGGCUGUAUUUUUUACCCAUUUUGUAGUGUUUUGUUUCUUUCUCUUUCAAAAUUCUUGACACCUAAAUGCUUUCCUAGGUCUUUCUAUCUUAAUGCCCUCUUUUAGGUGUCUCUAAACAAUUCUAAAGUGUCUUAAAGUCUUUGUAGUCAACAUACUUGAGGUACUUUGUAUGCACUUCUUUCACUCGUACAAUUGCCUAAUUGUAGAUGAAAAGGCUAAAUAUGCAAAGGGUGUGUGUCUUUUUGUGUGUGCGCAUGUGUUAGUUUCUGCCUUAUGUCAUCCUUUGAUUUACUCUAGCAUCUUGACAUUUGUGUGUUCAUUCCAUUGAUGCAUGAGUUACUUAUUAAAAGUGGUUGUUUUAAAGAGAAAUGCAAUGGAUGCAGAAUGACAUUUAUGACAUGCUCAAACCUGUGAUUUACAAUUUUCUUCAUUACAAAUAUAAAUACUUUAUACACUAUGAAAUGUUUUUUGGGUGGUAUUGUAUAAAUGGUAUGUUAAAUCUAUCAGGUGUCUGUGCUGAACCUCAAAGUCAGCAAAGUUGAGUUUUCCCAGACAGACACUUUGAUAAAUAUCUUGUUUCUAGCAUGUUCACCACUAAAUGGGGAAAAAAGGUUGCUAGUUGUUUUGAUCAUAAAGUAUGUCAAUAUUGUAACAUAUGGACCUGUUUUGUUGACCUCUGCUCCUGUGUUUUAUGGGUAAAUAUUCUUUCACACACAGCCUGGUAAUGAAUGGCAUCUUACUUUCUGUAAUUAAUAGAAAAAGUUUUCCUUGCCAUUCAUCAUAAAACAGACAGACACAAAGACUCUUCUAGUUGCUUAUCAAACAUAUUUCAAAACGGAAAAAAAUCCCCAUGUAUCUAAAUUAGGACUGACCUAUUGGAUGAACUAGAUCCAGCACGUUACUGAUGAACUGACAAAUCAGUGCUUGUUUAUAUGUAACGUGAUGUUUAGUGGAAUGUGUAUAAACAAGACAGAAAAAAUGAGAGGAAGGGGAGAAAAACAGUAGCAUGUUACUGCUUAAACAGUAGCAAAAGUAAUACCACACAGACAUGUCGCCUACAGCACAGCAGGAUUUUGGACGGAGAAACUGGAUCAGAUAUUUCUGUGCUGUGGCGUCUUUGGUGAGAUGAAGAGCCUCCGGGUUGUGAAGGUGUGUGGGUGCCCUUCAAACAGCUGCUGAGGGUCUGGUGUCUGAGUGCUUCACUGAAGAAACAGGACCACGUAGCACUACAAAACUAAAAUACAAAUGUGGCAUACAAAAAUAUUACAAAUUUUGGUUGUGUUACAGCAGAUCUUUUGGUAUGUUAUGCUAUGUCUGGUAACUUUUGCUGAUAUUUUUUUAACUUUUUUUAAACAAUCUGGUUUACAAAGAGGCAAUUAACUUCUGUGUUUGUGUUGUUGAGUUUGCUAAACUCAACUUUUAUAUAUUUUUGGGUGGUAUUGUAUAAAUGGUAUCUUAAAUCUAUCAGGUGUCUUGCUAAACUCGACUUUCAGCACCAGUUUUCAAACUAGUAGUAACAAGCCAAAAUUGUGUCCCA